UGCACUCACGUCAUUCGACUAGAGCUGUCUCUUUCCUCAUUCACGCAACACGCACACACACAGAUGCACAUACACAUACGUACACACACACAUAUAUAAACACAUGGAUCAUGUCACUCGCUCAUUCAUUCAUUCAUUCAAAGUCGCGCCAUUUGGGUGUCUUGGGGGUCUUGGGGGUCUUGCCUCCAGCAGUCGGUCCAACGCCCUCCUCACCCUCCUCGCCCUCCUCACCCUCUUCACCCUCUUCACCCUCUUCACCCUCCUCACCCACCUCCAUCUCUCCCUCUCCCUGCGGCUGACCCUCAGGCAAUGCCUCGUGUGCGUGACCAGCGGCCUCCUCGUUGGCCGCCUCUGCGAUGGGGCCCAGCUGCUGCUGGUCAUGUGUCUCAUCUUCGCUAGUGGGACGGUGAUCUUCGGCGUCCUCGUCCUGGGGGUCCUCGGCCUUGUUGUCGUAACCUGCCGCAUCGGCUUCUUCCUCGCCCUCUCCCCCUUCCGGCUGCUCUUGCUGCACAUCGUGCGCUCCAUACUCAGGAGAUUCCUGAGAGACAGAGGCAGUAAUGAAGACGGAGAUGGAUGGAUGUGUACACGGUGGAUUUUUGCUCGCUGACCUCCUGUGUCUCGUCCUGAUAUGAUGCCUCUGCGUCCACAGGCAUCUGCGAUGGGGCGGCGUGGUCGAUGUCCCGCUCCUCCGGCGACUCGGGGCCAUCUUCCUCAGGCUGUUCCUCCUCGGCUCCCUCUGCAGCCUCGGCUUCAUCUGCCAAUUCAACGCCGACGAACGGCUGCUCACCCUCUUGAACGCCAGGCUCCUCGGCCUCCCUCUCGUCGCCUUCCCCUGCCUCCUCCGCCUCUUGCUCUUGCUCGACAACCACACCGCCUUCAGCGCCCUCCUGGCUCUGCCUGAGAAGACUGGACGGGCUGUCCCUGCCCAUCCCCAGGCCCCCUCCCUCACGCGAGAGGGGCGUGACGAUGGCGUCUUCGGGUAGCCCUGCGGCGGGGUAGGGUGAGGUGUCGAACGAGGGCAGCGCUGGGAGUUCGCCCUUGUCGGCAAGUUGCCCCUGGUCGGACUCGGGGGCGUUCUUGCUGAUGGGGUAGGACUUGCGCUCCUUCACUGCGAGAUGUGAGGGAGGGAAAGUAGAGAGGGACGAGACUCAGACAGAUGGUGUGUGUGUGUGUGUGUGUGUGUACCGAUCUUUGGUCCGAUGUGUUGGUCGAUGUCAACGUCCCAUUUCUUCUCAUAGGGGUCGGUGGGAUCGAAGAGCUGCUUGGCGCGCUUGUGCUGGAAGUGCUUGGGGUUACGGGCCUCAAGCGCCUUGCGCUUCUGCACAUCCAUCCCAGACAAGACACAGACAGGAAGAGACACAGGUGGGAUGUUUCUGUCCCGCCUCUGCGAGUUUGUCGUCACCCAUACUGACCUGUGCUGCCUGUGCGAGCAGACGGACGUGCUCGGGCACGCCGACAUCCUUGGGCAGCUGGGCGCUCGUGAUAAAGCCAAGACCCAGGAACAGAUACCCACAGAUAAGGAGUCCCAGCAGCUGAGCAAGUAACAAAGGCAGACACCGAGGUGCGUGUGGGUCUGAGUGUUGGUCGAAGCCGACCUCGACACCGAAUGCGAUGAGCUGUCUGAUAGCGCAGGCUUGGAGGAGCCAGGUGGGGUCGACCUCUGUGCACUGGCCGAACAUCUGACAGUCAAGGCUGACGACACACGACACACGACACACACACACACACACGCACACAUACACGCACAACGGCAUUCAUAAGCCGUGUGGGUGGCUGUUCCACUCAUGGCUUGCUGCAGCGGGCCGAGCGCCUACUAUCCAAUUUGGAGGAUGAGGGCGAACGUGUCGCCCAUGAAGGCCCAGGGAGAGAUCAGCAGGAUCAAGUUCCCAAAGAAAUACUGCACACACGACACACAGAAGGAGAGAGAGAGCGAGAGAGAGAGAGAGAGAGAGAGAGAGAAGCAGACAAACGACACACAUGCAUAAGUCUCAGAGCCGCUGUCCCUUCCUUCCCUCCCGCGCACCGCACUCACCAGCCAUCUGAAUAUGGUGUGUAUGUCGACAAAGAGCCCCACGCCACACACAAACAUGGAUAUGAGCGCCCGAAAGGUGUUGUGGAGGGCCACUUGGGUCUCAUAGAAGAAGCACAGCGGCCCCAGAGAAACCAGGUGCACCACGCACAGCACCCGCACAAUGUACACCUGGUAGCGGAUGAAGGUCGCCUCGUGGUUCAGGAUGCAGUAGAGCGCGAGGAAGAGGAACAAAAAGAUGGCCAGCGUCGCGGCGCCCAGCUCAAUCAGGUACCAGUGCAGCUGCGAUUGGAGCGGGAACUCGUGCUCCGUGAUGCUACCGAUGUCGCUGGACGACAUUGUCGACGUCGGCGGGGAAAAUGG